CUGCCAUCAUGAAUCCACUCCUGAUUCUUGCUUUUGUGGGAGCUGCUGUUGCUUUCCCCACUGACGAUGAUGACAAGAUCGUCGGUGGCUACACCUGCGAGGAGAAUUCCAUCCCCUACCAGGUGUCCCUGAACGCGGGCUACCACUUCUGCGGCGGCUCCCUCAUCAGUGACCAGUGGGUGGUGUCUGCAGCUCACUGCUACAAGUCCCGCAUCCAGGUGAGGCUCGGAGAGUACAACAUCGAGGUCAAGGAGGGGAAUGAGCAGUUCAUCAACUCGGCCAAGGUCAUCCGCCACCCCAAAUAUAGCAGCUGGUCCCUGGACAAUGACAUCAUGCUCAUCAAGCUGUCCUCGCCUGCUGUCCUCAAUACGCGGGUGUCCACCAUAUCUCUGCCCUCCGCCUGUGCAGCCGCUGGCACCCAGUGCCUCAUCUCCGGCUGGGGCAACACCCUGAGCUCUGGCACCAACUACCCUGAGCUGCUGCAGUGCCUGGACGCCCCACUCCUGAGUCAGGCCCAGUGCAAAGCCUCUUACCCCGGCCAGAUCACGGAGAACAUGGUUUGCGCUGGCUUCCUCGAGGGAGGCAAGGACUCCUGCCAGGGUGACUCUGGUGGCCCUGUGGUCUGCAAUGGAGAGCUCCAGGGAAUUGUCUCCUGGGGCUAUGGCUGCGCCCAGAAGAACAAGCCUGGAGUUUACACCAAGGUGUGCAACUUUGUAGAUUGGAUUAAGACAACCAUAGCUGCCAACAGCUAAAGCACCCCCAGUCCUUCUGCCAUCACUAUGCUAAUUAAAUGCAUCUGUUACAACUGUCUGCGUCUGUGCCUGCUCCCUCCCGCCACUACCCCCUGGGAACAUCCUCCCAGCUGAGGUCAGACAGGGCUCUAUCCCUUAAAGAUGAAUAGAGUGCCCCAGCUCCCAAAAGGUGUCCCAU